UUUUAUAUAAUGUUUUUAAUUUAAUUGUGUAUUGUAUUUUUACAUAUUUUGUAUGUGCCUUUAAAAUGUUCUAAUUGUUUUGGUUGAUUGAUCAUUAUUUUUUGGUUGUUGUUUUAUAUAUUUGUAAACACCAAUUAAACUGUUUUUUUACAGAAAUUUGAGAUAACUUAACACUACUUUUAUCUAGCUAUUGGCAUAUUUUGCCACUUUACCUAAAUUAUUGGAGUUCCUAGUUUUGCUUUGAAAUUUGCAUUUAUUUGUACAUUUGGCUACACUGUUUUCCUUGCUUCCCUUCCUGUCACUAAUCCUGAUUUCAGUUAAAAAUAAAAGUUUAUGUAUUUCCAGUAGAGUGUGGUUGAAUGGGAAGAGCAUAAAAGAAAAGCUUGACUUGGAUUUAUAUUAUUAUUAAGCUAUGACAAAAAAAUACACUACAGCUGAACUUUACAAAAGUUCAAAUUCACUGCAUGGCUGAUUUCAUCAUGUCACGCUUGAUUGCUCUCACAAAGAAACUAGCCUAUAAAGUCACAUGACUAACGAUAAUUUCUGGAAAAACCCACUUCUAUUGUUGGAGAGACUGCACAUCUAAAGUUUAACAGAGAAUUAAAGAAUUUCAAUUGAAGAUGGCCGCCAGUAAGUUGCAACAGUUUCUGGAAAAUGUUGAUGAGAAGGUCUUGGAGUGUACCAUCUGCUUUAAGAGACUUAAAAAUCCAAAAUCCCUCAACUGCCUCCAUAGUUUCUGUUUGGCAUGCUUGGAAGACUGGGUUAAGACUAAGGAAGAGCUGAUUUGUCCAACUUGCUCAAAAUCAUAUCCCAUUCCAGAGGGCGGGCUUCAAAAGCUUCCACCAAAUACCUUUCUAAAUAACUUAUUAGAAAGUAUCGAAAACUUUUCAGAGAAAGAUCAGAUGAAAUGUAGUGUUUGUGAAAAGGAAGGACAGGUAAAAUACUACUGCCAGGAUUGCAGACAGUACUUGUGCUCUACUUGUAGUGAUCAACAUAAGAAGUUUAAAGCCAUGGCAAAUCACAAGUUACAUUUAAUGGAGGAUGUGCAAUCAAUGAGCCCCUCUCAGAUGACUUUGUUACAUCCACCUCUGUGUUCACAUCACAGUAAACCUUUGGAGUUCUACUGCACAGAUUGUAAAACUCCAAUCUGUGUAAAUUGUAUACUUAUGGACCACAAUGCAUGGGAUGGAAAACACAAAUCAAACAACAUUUCAGACGCAUUCCAAACAUUUAAAGAAACUUCCGCCACCUUGGAAAAAUCUGCCCAAUACUUUGUUAACAAAUUAGAAGAUGGUCUCAAAGCUGUUAUUCAGAAUGCUACAAAAUUAGACAAAUGUAAAGACACAUGUUUGAGAGAUAUAGACAAUCAUGUUGAAGAAAUAUUCAAAAUAGUAAAGGAGAAUAGAGACAAAAUGAAAAAUGAAGUAGAGACAACCUACAAAAGAAAAAAGAAGGUAAAUGACGUACAAAUAUAUGAAUUUAAAUUAAUAUUAUCCGAUAUAAAAACAAAACUGUCUUUUCUUAAUCAAUUAUUGAAGAGUGAUGAAGGCACAGCAAUGCAGUCAAGUGAAACAGCAGUUACAGCACUCAGGGUCAGAAUAAAUGAAUUACCAAAAACAAAGCCAGACGAUAAUGGAGAAAUUUACUUCUUCAUAAACAAACAGCAAAUGGCUUCAUUGAGACAAUGUGCUAUAGGGACUGUAAAAGAUUUUAGGGCAGCACACUGUUUAAUAUUAAAAGGAGAGGAAUCUGUAAUCAAAGAUCAGACAAUUAUUGUCAAAAUAAUCAAAACAGAUGAACAUGAAAUAUAUGCAAGUCAACUGAAGGCAACAUGGACACAGCCUACAGGGGAAACCAGCAUCUCUCAAGUUCAGGAAGAUGACAAUGGAGAUUAUUUUGUGACAGGAAAAUGCACAAGUCCAGGAGUUUGUAAACUAGAUGUGAGUGCUGAUAAUGAACCAGUUAAACAAUCACCAAUGAUAAUCAAAGUAGAAGAGGGAAGAUUAGUAAAUACUAUUAAAAUUAAUGCAACAUUUAUUAAAGAUGUAGUUAAGUGUGAAGAUGACUCCUUACUGGUUUCAUGUCGGACAAAUGAAAUGCUCAAGUACAAGCAAUCAGGAGAAUAUAUUGGUAAGGUUACACUACCACAAGAUGUGAAUGUUAGCAGAAUGUACAAAAUGAAGAAUGGUAACAUAGCAUUCAAUGACUGGAAUAUUGAAGCCAUUAGAAUAUGCAAUAUGAAUGGUGAGGUGAUAACAACAAUUGGUGAGGGAGUAUUGAUAUCACCAUGGUGUAUUCAUGUGGAUGAGAUGUCUAAUGUUUUGUACGUAGGAGGUUGGUCCAGUAGCUGUGUGUACAUGUUUGCCAUGAAUAAUGGCCAGACCAUCAAAACAAUAGGGUCAUAUGGUACAAAAGAAGGUCAAAUGAUUGAUGUCAGUGAUGUUACUCUUACAAACCAAGGACACCUUCUUGUAUUGGACAGUAGAUUACAAUUAUUUGAUAAUGAGGGAAGGUUCAUAAAUGUCCUUGUUGAAGCAGGUGAUGAGGAUGGUAAGGUAAAUUCUCCAAGAGCAGUAGCAGUUGAUGAGGAUGACAACAUCAUUAUAUCAAGUGACCACAAACUACAGCUAUUCAGUAGUGAUGGAAACUUCAUUAAAAGAAUUGAUGAACCAGAAGAUGGAAUCGACAAUCCAAAUGGAUUAUCCAUCAUUUCAUAUCAUCCAAGGAGACUUGCAGUAGCAAAUUGUGGUAAUAAAACAGUGAAAAUAUUCAAUUAUUAAAUAUUGACAGUCCACUUGCUUCACUUGUUUGUUUUCAGCAAUUCAAAUUUAUAAGUGUAGGAAUAUCUACAUAUCCAUUAUUUCAUAUCAUCCACAUAGAGUUAAGUUAUGGAUCUUAAACUUAAAAUGAUUAUUGAAUACAAUAAUAUCAAAAUAUAAAGUUUAUAUAAUGAUUAUAAACCUGUUAAAUUUUUGAUUAUUGAAUAUGAUAUACAUAUAGAUCUGAAGUUUUUUUUUUAAACUGUUAAAAUAUUAAUUAUUCAACACAAUUUAUAUCUAUUGAGUUGAAGUUACUAAACUGUUAAAAUAUAUAAAUACUGAAACAAUAAUACUGUAAUCUGCCACCCUCAAUUGUUUACAGUGUAAUUCUCAUAGAAUUUGAAUCACACACUAUUGAUCCUAUGAUUUUAGUUUUUGUAGUCGUAGUCAAAUUUAAGUUUUUAUUCAAAUAAUGCAUAUACAUUUUAUUUCAUGCAUAUUGAUGUUAAAAAUUUUACACUUCAAUCUAUUGGGGAUUUUUGUUGUACAGUCUAUCUCUUUGAUUUUUAUAAAUUUUGAUAUUUGCAACUUUGUUUAAUUUUUUUAGUACCUGUAUGAUUCCUUUUAAUUUUUCUGUAUAAAAAAAACCUAACAAGCACACAACAGAGUGUAUUUGAUAAAUACACCUACGGGCAUACAUCAUUAAAUGAAUAAGAUGCAUUGAGUCAGAUUGAUUAUUCUUGUAUACAUUUUAAAGGUUUCUUAUAAACUCAAAUCUGCCUAAAUAAUGUGAUUCAAAGUGGUGGGACAGGAAAAUAUUUAAAAGGGGAGAGAGAAAGCAUUUUACCAUUUCAUCAUCAUAAAAAGGAAUAUAAAAAAAAAAAUAUGACUUAGUAGUUAAGCUUAGCAUUUUUUUUUGGAGUCAUCGUAAAAUCUGUAUACAACCUAAAAAAUUUAAAGAUAUUCAUGUACACUUUGACAAUAAAUUAUCUGAAUCUGAUAUGUAUGUACAGUAUAACUGUUAUUACUGUAUAUGAUUCAGUAAGUUUAGUUUGUUUACAUUUCUUUUUAAAUGUUAACCUGCAUUCAAACCAAUUCCAUUUUAUAUUUCUUCAUGGUAUACUUUAU